CAACAAGGUGGCACACUAGCUUUCCAAAUUCCAUGCCAUUGCAGGGCAUUGCAAUUUGCAGGCGCUGCAAGCCUGCAAUUCUCCAUUCGCAUUGGCAUCAGGGAGGAGCCUACAGGCUACAGUUGUAGCUUUCAACUUCAAGAAGCAAAGCGGAGGUCUGCUUUGAAUGGCAAAGUUGUGAUUACACUCCGAUUGCUGAUAUUCCCGCACGAGUGAUUGAUACCGACAAGUAUCAAGGUUGAUGCUUGGAGGAUCAACAUCUGCUAAGCGCGUUCAGUUACAACAGACCUGUUACAAUAGCUCUUUUAAUCAGACCUAGAGCACCGCUGGUGGCUGGCUGCUCCGCUGUCUACUUCCCACAGUGCUGUUCGGUGAGAGCAGCAGCGGCUGCUGCGAUGGCGGCGGACCAGUACACGCUGCGCUGCGAGCUGCGAGGCCAUGAGGAGGAUGUGCGCGGCGUGUGCGUCAUCUCUGAGUCCACCGUUGCAACUGGGUCCCGGGACAAGUCGGUGCGCGUGUGGUCCAGCGGGGAGGGUGGCGCCUUCGGGUUGAGCCAGACGCUGGUGGGCCACACCGACUUUGUGGGGCCUGUGCACUGGAUCCCGCCUGGCGCGCAGUACGCUGCAGGGGCGCUGGUGUCGGGGAGCCGGGACACGCGCAGCCUCGUGUGGGACCUAGCGACCGCGACGCCCAUUGCUGAGCUGGCGGGGCAUGCGUACCAGGUGACUUCCCUGAACGUGACUGACAUUGGCGACAUUGUGUCUGGGUCCCUGGACAAGACGGCACGCGUGUGGCAUGGCGCCAGCUGCGUGGCCACCUUGGAGGGGCACGAAGGCCCCGUCUUAGCGGUGCUGGCGCUGCCAGGGAGUGAGGCGGAGGGGGGCAUUCUGACAGGGUCUGGGGACACACACAUCAGGCUGUGGCGAGGGGGAAAGGUGGUGCACACGUAUAGCGGUCACACCGACACUGUCCGCGGGCUGGCGCUGUUCCCUGGCGUGGGCUUCGUGUCUGCGUCCCACGACGGCACAGCGCGCGUGUGGGCGGUGAGCGGUGAGACGCUGCUGCACCUGGUGGGCCACACCGCGCUCGUCUACCGCGUUGCGGUACACCCCCCCUCCGGCCUCAUUGCCACCGCCAGCGAGGACAGCACCGCGCGAAUCUGGCGCGACGACGCGUGUGUGCAGACUCUGGAGCACCCGGGGUGCGUCUGGGACUGCGCGUUCCUGCCCAAUGGGGACCUGCUCACCGCCUGCGCCGACGGCGUGGCGCGCAUCUGGACAACGGCCGCAGAGCGGGCUGCGCCGGCUGAGGUGCAGGAGGCUCUGAGGAGCGUGGUGGCGGCGCGGGCGGCAGCGAGCAAGACGGUCGGGGGGGUGAAGGUGGAGGACCUGCCGGGGGUGGAGGCGCUGCAGGAGAGCGGCAAGAAGGAGGGGCAGACGCUGGUGGUGCGGGAGGGGGGGGUCGCAGUGGCCUACAGCUGGAGCGCCAAGGAGUACCAGUGGGAGAAGGUGGGCGAGGUCGUGGAUGGUCCUGACACGGUGUCCGCAGGCCGCCCCACGUUCGCGGGCACCGAGUACGACUUCGUAUUUGACGUCGACAUCGGGGAUGGUGUGCCCCCGCGCAAGCUGCCCGUGAACGCCGACGACAACCCGUACACCGUGGCCGACCGCUGGCUGCUGGACAACGAGCUGCCCCUCGCUUACCGCGAGCAGAUUGUGGACUUCAUCAUCAAGAACACGGGCGGCGCGCAGCCAAUGCCCAUGGAGGGCGUCAUCGCCGACCCCUUCACCGGCGGCAACGCCUACGUCCCGCCCCCUGCCGGCGCAGCACGGACCCCAGCUGCUGCCGCGCCUCCCCCCCUGAACGCCGAUCCUUUCACCGGCUCUGCCGCAACCCGUGGCGGGGCUGGCGCGUCGACGUCGGGUGCGACGGCGGGGCUGGUGCACGUGCCGAAGCGCGGGUACCUGGUGUUUGACAGCGCGCCGUGGGACAGCCUGGCCAAGAAGCUGCGCGAGUUCAGCGCAGGCCUGGCCGCGCAGCCAGACACGGCGCACCUCGCGCUCACCAGGCAGGAUGACGCGCGGCUGCAGGCCAUCGUGGAGACGCUGCAGGCGACGAGCCGGUACCACGCGUCCACCUUUGCCGCGGCGGACUACGCUCUGGUGGGCAAGCUGUGCUCGUGGCCCGCGCCGCAGCUCUUCCCCGCGCUGGACCUGCUGCGCAUGCUGCUGCUGCACCCCGACGCCGCGCGCCACUACGCGGGGCCCGGUCAGACCGCGCUCUGGGCCGCGCUGCAGGCCGCCGCCAGCGGGGCGCCGCCGCUGCCCGCCAACCUGGUGACCGCCACCAGAACCGCCGUCAACACGUUCCGCCACAGCGCCCUGCAGGAUUGGGCCGCCGCACAUCAAACACAGGUGCUGGACUUGUUGGCCGACUGCGGGAGUGCUGGCGCCAGCAAGGGCGUGAAGCUGGGGUACGCCACGCUGCUGCUCAACUACGCGGUGCGCCUCACGGGCAGCGCCGCCGCGCAGGCGGACGAGGACGCGCAGCUGCAGACCUUGUCGGGGGCAGUGGAGCUGGCGGGCAACGCGCAGCAGGAGGCCGACCAGGAGGCGCUCUACCGCGCGCUGCUCGCAAUAGGCACGCUGAUUCUCAACGGGAAGGUCAAGCACGUGGCUCAAGAUCUCGGGGUGGUCAAGCUAGCAGACGGCUGUCGCAAGUCGUCCGAUAAAAAGCUUCAAGAAGUUGCUGCAGACAUCACGAAGUUGCUGAGCUAGCGCGCACCUCGGGCAUUUUCAACCUUCCAUUGACAUGGUAUACUCCGAUUCUUAGCAUCAUUAGCAUCCUCCAAAUUUCUCAUCCUGGUGACGUUCUGAUCUGCAAUCUAUCUUAUAUACGAGUCGAUUCUUCCGACCCUCCUGGUUGAACGUGACGAUUCAUGC